AUGUCGGAACCACUGAGCGCGGCCGACGAGGAGCGGUACACAAACAUCAUCGAUGGCAUUCUCCAGACGGCGGACCUGCAGACGGUCACCAUGAAGAAGAUCAGAAACGGCCUGGAAACCGCACUCGAUGGCAAGGAUCUGUCUGAGCACAAGCAAGCCAUCAAAGCUCUCAUAGGGGCAAGGUUUGACGCAGCAACUGCCAAUAUGAUGGAGAACCCCAACGAGCCCACCCCGGCAGCUUCAGACACACCAAAGCGGGACUACGAUGACAUGGUCAACGGCAACGGCACCGCCGUCAAGUCCGAAGAGGACGAGGACGAAGAAGCAGAGGAUGACGAGGGCCAGGACGGAGACCAAAUAAACGUCUCGGUGCCGCCGCCAAAGAAGAAGCAGAAACGCGAGUCAUCCACCGAGUCGGCCGACGAGAAGUUUGCCCGGCAGCUGCAGGCAGAGGAGGAGCAAAUGGCGAGGGCGCGUACCACGCGCGGCGGCAGGGACAAGAAGGCUGUCCCAAAGAAAAAGGUCACCAAGAAGAAGAGCAAGGCCAAGGUCGCGGCAGACGACGACGAAGAUGUAUCUGGAGAUGGAACACAGAAGCGCAAAGCCGGCGGAGGAUUUCAAAAACCUUUCCAUUUGAGCGCUUCGCUGGCCGAGGUGUGCGGAGAGCCUACUCUCUCUCGACCCCAAGUUGUCAAAAAGCUCUGGGAACACAUCAAGAGCAACAAUCUCCAGGAUCCAAACGACAAGCGUCAGAUCCUUUGCGACGAAAAAAUGCAGGCAGUAUUCAAGCAGAGCAGCUUGAAUAUGUUUGCGAUGAACAAGCUGAUCGGCAGUCACCUUUACCCUGUCGACGAGGAAUAG